UGGCGCCACAACCCCAAAACUACAACAACAACUUACUUUUAACUGCCUGAAAACCGGGAAUAUUUCAUUAUUCUUAGAAUAAUGCAAGUGCACUAAUUCUUUCACGUUGCAUUCAAAUUUUUUCCUUUCAAGUUGCAUGUCUAUACUGAGCGUAAAGUUGUUCCUGAGACAUUGAACAAACGGUCGGUGAUUGGCGCCAAAAUUUAAAUUGUUGGAAGGAGCUCGAGCGCUUGGCCUCCCCGGAGUUGGGUUGAAAUUCAGGAUUUAAUCGAAUAUAUUUGAAGAAAGAUGUACAUCAAAUCCAUCAUCAUCGACGGCUUCAAGUCCUACGCGCAGAGGACGGAGAUUAACGGCUUCGACCCGCUCUUUAACGCCAUUACCGGCCUGAACGGCAGCGGCAAAUCCAACAUCUUAGACUCCAUCUGCUUCCUACUGGGCAUCAGUAACUUGUCCCAGGUGCGAGCCAGCAACCUUCAGGAUUUGGUCUACAAAAAUGGACAAGCAGGGGUUACAAAAGCCACUGUUUCGAUCACCUUUGAUAACUCUGACAAAAAACAAAGUCCUCUGGGCUUUGAGACACAUGAUGAAAUUACAGUCUCUAGACAGGUGGUAAUUGGUGGGAGAAACAAGUACCUAAUUAAUGGUGUGAAUGCAAACAAUACCAGAGUGCAAGAUCUCUUCUGUUCAAUUGGUCUGAAUGUCAACAAUCCACACUUCCUUAUCAUGCAGGGCCGUAUCACUAAAGUUCUGAAUAUGAAGCCUCCAGAGAUCCUAUCCUUGAUUGAGGAAGCUGCAGGGACCAGAAUGUAUGAAUGUAAGAAGUUAGCGGCUCAGAAAACAAUUGAGAAAAAGGAGGCUAAGCUGAAAGAAAUUCACAUGAUUCUUGAAGAGGAAAUUACUCCAACGCUUCAGAAACUGAAGGAGGAAAGAUCCUCAUACUUGGAAUUCCAGAAAAUAACACGCGAGAUAGAGCAUCUUACCCGCCUGUAUGUUGCAUAUCAGUUUGUUUGUGCAGAGGAGACCAAGUUGCGCUCUGCUGAAGAUCUAAAGGCGAUGCAAGACAGUAUCACCAAACUUCAAGAAACCAAUGCAGACUGUGAAAAGAAAGUGAAGGAAAUCAGCAAAGAAAUGGCUGAACUGGAGAAAACCCGAGAUGAGCAAGUUGGUGGAGUGCUUCAGUCCCUGGAACAGGCUGUUGCUAAUGCUCACCGUAUGGAUGCCAAAGUGCAAAGUACGUAUGAUUCCAAAAAAGACAACCUCAAAGCUGAAGAAAAAAAAAGGAAAACGAUUGUCAAAAGCAUGGAGGAGGAUGGUAAUGCUCUUGCAGCCAAGGAAAAGGAAGUGAAGAAGACCUCUGAUGAACUGAACUCUCUACAAGAGGCUAGUCAGAAAGAUGACAAGGCUUUGGUAGCUGCUCAGCAGCACUUCAAUGCAGUUUCUGCUGGUCUCUCCAGUAAUGAGGAUGGAGAAGCAGCUACUCUUGCUGGUCAGAUGAUGGCUUGCAAGAAUGAUAUAAGCAAGGCUGAAACAGAAGCCAAGCAGGCUCAGAUGAAAUUGAAACAUGCCCAGCAGGAGUUGAAGACCAAACAGACAGAAGUGAAGAAGGUAGACAGUGGUUACAAGAAAAACCAGGAUACUUUUGAAGCAGUUAAAAAGAACAAAGAAAAGCUAGAAGCAGAAAUGCAGAAACUGAAUUAUGAAGAUGGGAAAGAAGAGAAACUUUUGGACCAGCGUCGAGAACUGUCACGAACUGUGAACAAAUUGAGAGAGUCUUAUGAAGCUUUGUUGGCCAAGUUCCCUAGUUUGAGUUUUGAAUACAAGAACCCUGAAAAAAAUUGGGACUCUAAUCGUGUGAAAGGUCUUGUUGCCACACUUCUCUCUGUGAAAGAUACUUCCACAGCGACAGCUUUAGAAGUGGUUGCUGGAGGUCGGCUGUAUAAUGUCGUGGUGGACACAGAGGUGACUGGUAAGAAACUUUUAGAUAAAGGAGAGCUGAAACGAAGAUACACUAUCAUACCACUCAACAAAAUUUCUGCUAAAUGUAUCAAUGAAAAUACUGUUCAGACAGCCAAAAAUCUGGUGGGUGCAGACAAUGUGCACAUGGCCUUGUCCCUGGUUGGAUAUGAGCAUGAAUUAAAGAAGGCAAUGGAAUAUGUUUUUGGGUCUGUGUUAGUGUGUGACUGCUUGGAUAAUGCCAAGAAGGUGACCUUUGACCCUCGCAUAAUGACAAAGACGGUCACUAUUGGUGGAGAUACUUUUGACCCACAGGGAACAUUAAGUGGAGGUGCUCGUAUGCAGUCUGCCUCUGUGCUGGUUAAACUCCAGGAGCUGAAGGAUAUCCAGGAUGAGCUCAGAUCUAAACAAACUGAGUUACAGCAAGUGGAUAAGGAGCUGGGGGGUCUCAAGAAUAUUGCGGAAAAAUACCGAGAGUUGAAACUGCAGUGUGAAUUGAAAUCUCAGGAGCAAGAACUACUGCUGGUAAAGCUUCAACAGAGCUCUUACCACAAGCAGCAGGAGGAAAUUGAAACCCUUCAAAAAACUAUUGGUGAGUGUGAAGAGACACUUAACAAAACAAAAGAAGUCCAAAAGAAGGCUCAAGAGAAGUACAAUACCUUGGAAAACAAGAUGAAAAAUGCUGAGUUUGAGAGGGAAAAGGAACUGAAGGAAGCUCAGAAAAAGCUUGAUGAUGCCAAAAAAAAGGCUGACUUGUCCAAUAAGAAGACUAAAGGGAAACAACAGGAAAUGGAUGCCCUGCUUUUGGAAUUGGAAGAGUUAAAACGUGAGCAGACUGGCUACAACCAGCAGAUUGAGGCUGUGGAUGAAGCCAUCAGAUCUUACAAACAACAGAUUGAAAACAUGGCUGAAGAAGUGGCAAAUAAUAAGGAAGCUGUGAAGAAGGCUCAGGAUGAUCUGGCUAAACAAAAGGAAGCUAUAAAGUCUCAGAAUAAGGAAAUUCAAAUCAAAACCAAUUCCAUAUCAGAAUUGGUGAAACAGAAAAAUGAGGCACAGUUGAAAAUUCAGGAAUUGGAGCACAACAUUAAUAAGCAUAAACGGGACACUGCUGAUGCUGCUGCUAAGGUGACCAAAAUGCUGAAAGAGUACGAGUGGAUUACCUCUGAAAAGCAUCUCUUUGGCCAGGCCAACACGGUCUAUGAUUUUAAAGCGAACAAUCCUAAAGAAGCAGGCCAGCGGCUUCAACAGCUACAGGAGAAGAAAGAUACACUGGGCAAAACUGUGAACGUGAGGGCAAUGAACAUGCUCAGCCAGGCAGAGGAGCGGUACAAUGAUUUGAUGAAGAAAAAAAGAAUAGUUCAAAAUGACAAGUCAAAAAUUCUUUCAACUAUUGAAGAGCUGGAUAAGAAGAAAAACGAAGCCUUGAAUGUUGCAUGGAAACAGGUAAACAAAGAUUUUGGCUCCAUUUUCUCCACACUCCUUCCUGGAGCUAAUGCCAUGUUGGUACCUCCUGAAGGCAAGACUAUUCUAGAUGGAGUGGAAUUCAAAGUAGCCCUUGGAGAUGCCUGGAAAGAGAAUCUUACUGAGCUCAGUGGUGGUCAAAGGUCACUAGUGGCUCUGUCUCUGAUCCUGGCCAUGCUCCUAUUCAAACCUGCUCCAAUUUAUAUUCUGGAUGAAGUGGAUGCGGCCCUGGACCUCUCUCAUACCCAGAACAUUGGGCAGAUGCUGCGAACACAUUUCCGGCACUCGCAGUUUAUCGUGGUGUCACUGAAAGAUGGCAUGUUCACUAAUGCUAACGUCUUGUUCAAAACCAAGUUUGUGGAUGGCGUAUCAACAGUCGCAAGAUUUGCUCAAAGCCAGAAUGGUUCGGUCACACCAAAUCAUAUUCCCAGCCGAACAGAUAAAGAAAAGACAAAAGAAAGGAGGAACAGACUUCAAAUAUAGUUCUGAAGCUCUCGCAAAAGGAUAUAUGGCACUGUGCAUGCUAUCUUCUGUAUGUGUAAUACUGUACAGCAAAGUUACUUUUCCUUUCUCUUUAUAUUUUCCUGAUACUUUUAUACAUACCUGUUUUUAUAUUUCAAAUAAACUGCUUUUUUCCCUAUUA